AUGAUACCCAAGGCUUUUGAGACAGUCUCCUCUGCACACUUGUCUUUAGAGACUAAUUAUACCAUCAACAUAUAUCCGCCAGCGAGUAAUGCCAUAAGACUAAGUCUUGAUAUCCUUAGUUUUCUGAAGCAGAACGGUUUGGAUGCCCGUGAGCUCCUGAAACUUCCUGCUGUUCGUCUGCGGGUCGUCGAUGACACCCGACCUUUGAGGGAUUACUUCGUUUCCUCUUCGCAUAACACAUAUCUACUCGCAUGGCAAGUCCUCGGUCGUGCGUCUUCCGAGUGCUACACACAUGUUCUCUCCAAGAACGCACGCUGCGUUGAGAUCGAUGUUUGGUGGUCUUCCAAGGGUCCGAUUGUCACCCACGGACAUACGCUUAGUCGAAGCGUCACAUUCAAGGCAGUCUGCGAGGCUAUUGAUGAAGCAAUUCAUGACGAAGACUGGCCUGUUAUUAUCAGUCUAGAGUGCCACGUGCCGAUAGCCCACCAAGGCGAACUCGUGGAUAUCAUGAAGGAUACAUGGGGCAAUAAGUUGGUGCAGGAACCAUUGGAAGGUGUCAGCGGUGAUGGUAUAUCUCCAAGGGAUCUGAAAGGAAAAAUCUUACUAAUGGUGGAGUAUUAUCCGGACGCAUAUUGCGAGGAGAUCAGCGCAGAUUCUGAGGCAUUGGAUCAUGACUCGUGUACUAGCAUCGAGUAUGAUGAGAUUUCCGAACUUCAUUAUGAGAUCGACCCUGUGCUUAAGAUGGCGAAUCAUGCCCAUGCAAAGAUUGCAGAUUCGCUGGCCGAUCUGGGUUUCUACGCAAGAAGUAUGAAACCGAUCAAACACUGGCUUACUGAAGGCAAGUGCUCACCAGUCGCUUCAUUCGUGCUUAUAUAUCUUCCUCUAGAGUUACCAAGUCCCCCAUAUCCCCAAAAUAUCCUGAUGAACAUCAACGAAUCGUGCAUGCUAUCUAUGCUCCCGCACUCACUGUCAGAGUUGAUCGAACAUUCUCUGCAUCGAAUUCGACGUAUCUAUCCUCGUGGUGUACGUUUGAGCUCGAGUAAUCUUGACCCGUUGAGGCAAUGGCGCAACGGCUCCCAGAUUGUGUGUCUCAAUUGGCAGAACUUCGACUAUGGUAUGCAGCUUAAUGAAGCCAUGUUUGCUGGGACUCCUGGCUGGGUCGAGAAGCCAAGACGUUUGACAGGAGUCGAGCGCAAUGUGAAGGUGACAUGCAACGUUAUCGGAAUCAGUUCCUUGCCUCGCCCGAAAGAACACACGGAAUUUACACCGUAUGUUCAUGCGGAACUUUUUAAUUCUUCGAAGAACCAAGAUUGGCAAUCCGAGCACAUUGAGUGCAAAGAUGUUCCAGAGGAUGGCGUAGACGUCACGUGGAAUGGCUGUUUUGAAUGGAAAUUUGAGGAGGAUGACUUGACAUUUAUCCGCUUACGUAUCCUUUGCCAUAGAGGACUCUUAAGGGAUGAGGAAAUGUUGGUUUUCUGUGCUCGUCUCCACGACCUUGAGGAGGGCUGGAGGUUCAUUCACCUGCUAUCGAUGGAUGGCAGACGCACUGGGGCAACGCUGCUAGUUCGAUUUACAAUCAGUGGAAUAUAG